AGAAUGUUUCCUAAAUGAAUUGUGUACAAGAAGCAGUGAAUACAGCCUACAAUUUGUUUGGCAAUCAAUCAACAGAAGUCUCUGAAGACAGUCUACAGCUUAUGGUCAAUAAAAUAGAUCGACUCUCCAGUGAAGAAUUGGGCUGCAGAAGAGAGCACAUACAGCAUUCCCACACAUAUUUACUAAAUUGAUAGAAAACGAUCAGUUUCAGUUCAGUAUUUUCUACAUCAAAAAAGGAUAUCAAUUGCCUCUGCACGACCAUCCUGACAUGCAUGGUAUAAUAAAGGUACUUUUUGGUCAGAUAAGAAUACACAGUUACACUGCAACUAACAUUGAUUCACAAGUGAUAAGAGCCCCCAACGAAAAUUUUUUGAGAAGAGGCGUACAUAGCAUUUCCAGAGGACUUCCAAAAAAGUUACCAAUCGCUGGAGUUAAAAAUAUUCUUCUUGUUGCCUCUGGGAAAGGAGGGGUGGGCAAAUCGACAAUUGCAACAAAUCUCUCAAUAGCUCUCUCUAAACGGUGCUCUGUUGGUUUACUUGAUGCUGAUGUUUUUGGACCCUCCAUUCCAAUGAUGAUGAAUGUAUCAGAUGUACCUGAAUCAAACCAUCAAAAGCUUAUUAUACCCGUUAACAACUACAAUAUAAAGUGUAUGUCGAUGGGUCUCCUUGUUGAUGAAGAAUCCCCUGUAGUGUGGCGAGGUCUCAUGGUUAUGCAAGCUAUCAAGAAAUUACUCCGGGGAGUGAGGUGGGGUCCACUUGACGUGCUGGUGAUAGACAUGCCACCGGGAACGGGUGACACACAGCUCAGUAUCACCCAGGAGAUUCCUAUACAGGGGGUGGUGUUGGUCACCACUCCCCAGUCUGUUGCUGUUGCUGACUGCAUCAAGGGGGCUGAAAUGUUUAGAAAGGUUGAGGUACCAAUAGUGGGUGUUGUAGAAAACAUGAGCUAUUACCAGUGCACAGACUGUGGAAACAAACACCACAUAUUCGGUAGUAACCUUCAGGACAAGCUGAAAGGAAAAGCAUUGCGUGAUGUGGAAAUACUGGGCGAACUGCCCGUUAAACCUGGGAUAUCAGAGAACUGUGAUUCAGGGACACCUUCAGUCAUACUGGACCCUGAAAUUAGUGAUAUAUUUGAUAAUAUUGUUAGCUCUGUUAUUCCCUUUUUAGAACUUGAUGAUUGACUGUUUAGGUGCUAACUUUUUAUAGGUUUAGAACUGAGUUUGUAAAUGGCUGCAGCUUUUUACAUGGUUUCAAUAAUUUGAAAAAUGUUAUUAUUAUAUUGGACUUUAUAGUAUACUGUUGCAUGAAAUGAUUUAAAUUUAUCUAAAUUUUUAUGUUACUUAACUUCAGCAGUUGCUGUCGAACUGAUUUGUUUAAUGUUUUUGAUUGGCUGUAUGAUGAAAUGAACUUGCUUUUGUUGUACAGUAAAACCCCAAUUUAUUGCUCCUCGAUAUACUGCAAAUGCUGAAUUACCGCGGCCACGUCCUUUCCCCCAAACUCCACGGUAAAUCGGGGUUUUACUGUAUAAUGAAAAUAAAAGCAUCCUAUUUUCUGAACGUAUUUGAUAUUAUCAUAAUGUAUUAUACCCUUUACAUAGACUACGUCCAUAGGUUCAGAAUG